GCUUCUUGCACUACACCGGAGAGGGGGAGCCGCGGAUCCAGCCGCGCCGCCCGCCCCAGCCCGCCCGGCCCCGCGGCGGGGCGCGAUGAGCCCGAGCCCGAGCCGCAGCCGGCCCGCCGGGGAGUGAGCGCGGGGCGCCCAGGGCGCGUUGCGCAGCUGCUCCUGCGCACGGCCGCGCCGCCGCCGGCCCGCACCGGCCCGCGGAGUGCGCGAGGCUCGCCCGUGCCCGGCGCCCGGUGCCCGGAGCGGGAGCAGGAAGCGCAGGCCACGCAGGGACCCAAGUGGAACAAAGUGUCGGCCGCCGGGCGCCGCGCGCCGCCCGCAACUCCGCCGCCCACCAUGGCCUCCGAGGAGCUGUACGAGGUGGAAAGGAUCGUUGACAAAAGGAAAAACAAGAAAGGGAAGACGGAGUACCUGGUGCGGUGGAAGGGCUACGACAGCGAGGACGACACGUGGGAGCCCGAGCAGCACCUGGUGAACUGCGAGGAGUACAUCCACGACUUCAACAGGCGCCACUCGGAGAGGCAGAAGGAGGGCACGCUCGCCCGCACGAACAGGACCUCCCCCAACAACGCCAGGAAGCAGAUCUCCAGGUCCACCAACAGCAGCUUCUCCAAGACCCCUCCCAAGGCGCUGGUCAUCGGCAAAGAACACGAGGCUAAGAACAGUCAGCUGUUCGCCACCAGCCAGAAGUUCAGGAAAAACACAGGCCCGGCCCUGGCCGGCCGGAAGAACAUGGACCUGGCCAAGUCGGGCAUCAAGAUCCUUGUGCCUAAGAACCCCAUUAAGAGCAGGACCGCGGUGGAUGGCUUUCCAAGCGAGAGCCCCGAGAAGCUGGACCCCGCCGAGCAGGGUCCCGAGGACACGGUGGCGCCGGAGGUGGCCGCGGAGAAGCCCGUUGGAGCUUUGCUGGGUCCCGGUGCCGAGCGAGCCCGGAUGGGGAGCAGGCCCCGAAUACACCCAUUAGUGCCUCAGGUGUCCAGCCCCGUGACCACGGCCAUGGCCACGGGCUUAGCUGUUAACGGAAAAGGUUCAUCCCCGUUCAUGGACGCGCUAACAGCCAAUGGGACGGCCAGCCUCCAGACGUCUGUUACGGGAGUGACAGCCGGGAAAAGGAAGUUUCUUGACGACAGGAGAGAGCAGCCUUUUGACAAGCGGCUGCGUUUCAGUGUGAGGCAAACAGAAAGUGCCUACCGGUACAGAGACAUUGUCGUCAGGAAGCAGGAUGGCUUCACCCACAUCUUGCUGUCCACAAAAUCAUCCGAGAAUAACUCACUCAACCCAGAGGUCAUGAAGGAAGUUCAGAGCGCCCUGACCACAGCCGCUGCCGACGACAGCAAGCUGGUGCUGCUGAGCGCCGUGGGCAGCGUCUUCUGUUGUGGUCUCGACUUUAUUUAUUUUAUACGCCGUCUGACAGAUGACAGGAAAAGAGAGAGCACUAAGAUGGCAGAAGCUAUCAGAAACUUCGUGAAUACUUUCAUUCAGUUUAAGAAGCCCAUUAUCGUAGCGGUCAACGGCCCGGCCAUCGGCCUCGGCGCGUCCAUCCUGCCUCUCUGUGACGUGGUGUGGGCGAACGAGAAGGCCUGGUUCCAGACGCCAUACACCACCUUCGGGCAGAGUCCCGACGGCUGCUCCACCGUCAUGUUCCCCAAGAUUAUGGGAGGAGCCUCUGCCAAUGAGAUGCUGCUCAGCGGGCGGAAGCUGACCGCGCAGGAGGCCUGCGGCAAAGGCCUGGUCUCGCAGGUGUUUUGGCCGGGAACCUUCACCCAGGAAGUCAUGGUUCGAAUCAAGGAGCUCGCCUCGUGCAAUCCAGUUGUACGUCCGAUGAGUUCCCUUCCGGUGCUGGAGGAGUCGAAGGCGCUGGUGCGCUGCAGCAUGAGGGUGGAGCUGGAGCAGGCCAACGAGCGCGAGUGCGAGGUGCUGCGCAAGAUCUGGGGCUCGGCGCAGGGCAUGGACUCCAUGUUGAAGUACCUGCAGAGGAAGAUUGACGAGUUCUGACGGGCGGCGGCCCAGCCUCGCGGCCCCCAUCGCGUCCGCCCGCACACGGGAAGCAGGCCUGCAGACAUCCGCGCUAUUUAUUAUGGAGGAGUUUUGAAAGUACUGUAACUUUAAAAUAAAUAACUACAAAACUCCUUUGUCCACCGUCAUUAUUUGUACUUAUCUACACACAAGAGUAAGUGUAGCUGCUCCUGGAAGUGCUGAGUUUGGUUUUCUUUGGCUAGUACUGUACUUUAAAAAAAGAAGAAGAAGUGUGCUUUGUUUGAGUGGCAGAGAAGUCUGGAGUAAUGUUUGUUUUCCUUGUUCUUUUCCCUUUCCUUCUAGAACGCAGACUCUAAAGGGGGGAUUAGCCAUCUUCUGUCUCCCAGAAGGGACAGACAGGUCGGAGUCUGAGCCGGAGCCCCGGGGGCCCUGUCCAGGGCGCGGGCAGCACUUGGCUGCGACCAGCCCUUCCCCACUUAACCCGGGGAAGCCGCUGUCGCUCGGAGAAAAGCUGGUUUUGCAGUAUUAGUGAGUCACUGAAUAGCGCAAGCCUGAGUAAGUUACAAGUUAGCCUUAGUGGGUUUUAAAUAGUUUUUCUGACCCUCUUGAAAAAAAUAACUACAUAAGUGCUUCUUGUUGCUGGGUGAGAAAUACUACUUUAUAUACAGUUUUGGGUUUCUAUUUGCAGAUAUGAUUGAUGUAUUACACCAAAAAAAGUAUUUUUAUGUUUAUAAAGUGUAAUUUUUAGGUUCACUUGGAGUAUAUUUUAUUUAAUAAGUUAAAAUUCUUUGGCACACUAUUAAAUGCAAGAACUUUCCACACACACACACACACACACACACAAGGACUGCCUUCUGUUGGACAGGUCUGGUCCUGGGCUCUGCUCUUCCGUCUGUGUAAUGAACCCAGUGCAGCGUGGUGCUCUAGAGCGCCCCCUGUGCAUAGACGCGUGCAUUCCUUUCAGGAGCGGGGACUGAGUGCCCGCCGCAGGCGCCUGGGGCUAGGCGGCCUGCAGGGCUUGCAAUCCUAUUGAAUGUAUGAAGAAUGAAAUAAAAUCAAAACCCUAUUUUUGUACAGUUUUGCAGUUUAUACGUAGAACUGACCACCUCCCCGGCCGCGUGGAGAGCUGUACAGUGUAUAAACCUGCCUUUGCCUUGGAUUGAUUGGUACAGUAUUUUUGCAUCUGUGGGACCUACUUUUUCGUUCCGUAGUUUGAACUAUAUAUAAACUGUACAAUCUGUAAAGUUUUUAUAGAAUAAAUAUUCAGCUGUGAAAACUGGUUAAAUAAAACUAAUAUUUCGUAACACA